CUGGAAAGCCAUCUGUGAUGAAUUCCCAAACAGUUUCAUCAAAGGAUGCGCCUUUCACUUCGGCCAGGCAGUGUGACGGAAAUUACAGGAAUUGGGGCUGAGGACAACCUACACCAAGCGUGGUACGGAGUAUCGGUACAUCAGGUCCCUGAUGGCACUGCCUUUCCUGCCCUCUGCAGACAUCCAGCCAGCUUUCGACCGAAUCGAAGCCAGGGCAACUUCCUAAGAACUCAAACAGCUUGUUGCCUACAUGAGCACCAACUGGGUUGGAAGUGCAGUUUGGCAGCCCAGGAACUGGAGGAUCUUCAUCUUCAAGACGAAUGUGAGGACGCACAACGAUGUAGAAGGUUGGCACACCAGGAUCAACGCUGACAUCGGCAAGACCAACGCCGCCUUCUUCA